AAAAAAAGGAAAAGGUGAAGAAUAAGAAACCAAAAACCCUAGCAUAUUUUGGAAGUAUUCGAUUGACAACGCCUCAGAAGCUCUCAGUUCAUUCAGCCAUUGUCUUCCAAGUCUCAUCCUCAUUUUUUCCUCAAUAUUUUCCUCUACUUGCCGGCGAUUACGGCUGAGCUGCUCGUGAUUCCUCCCUUGGUAUCGCCGUCCGCCACCAACGACAUUUUGGGUUGUUCCUCUUACUGCUGCUCAGUGUUAUCGCUCCAUAAUGGCAACGAGUCCAGAAACUCUGCAAUUUUUAUCUCAAUGUUUUUCUAACACUCUAUCUCUCUAUCCCGAGUCUCGGCGUGGGGCUGAGGCAAGUCUAAGGGAGGCAGCUGAGCAACCUAAUUAUGGGCUGGCUGUUCUUACACUAGUACGUACACCGGGCAUUGAUGAGGGGAUCCAGCAAGCUGCAGCAGUGAACUUUAAGAAUUAUCUUAAAGCUCGAUGGGCACCAGCUACAAGGCGCUCUGAGCCCAAUGUUCCCUUGCCGAACCCUAUUCCUGAUGAUGAAAAAAAGCUAAUUAAAGAGCACAUUGUCUCUCUGAUGUUGGAGGCAACACCUCGUAUCCAAGCUCAGCUCAGUGAUGCUUUGGUAGUCAUAGGCAAACAUGAUUUUCCUAGGCAGUGGACAGAAUUGCUUCCGAUGCUCAAUACAAGACUCCAGCUGGCACUCAGCGAGGGUGGUAACUAUGCUGCUAUAAAUGGAAUUCUUGGCACUGCCAACUCAUUGUUUAAGAAAUUUCGACAUGGUUAUUGGACUGAUGAUCUGAAAUUGGAUUUAAGGUAUUGUUUGGAUAAUUUUGCCGUACAAUUGUUGCAGUUGUUCUCCCAUACUGCAUCUAUAAUUGAUUCAGGUGUAAGUUCUGGUGCUCCUGCGGCAAACCUAAAGCCUCUUUUUGAGUCACAAAGGUUGUGCUGUAGAAUCUUCUAUUCAUUUAACUUUCAGGAGUUGCCUGACCUCUUUGAAGAUAACAUGGAGCCUUUUAUGAAUGUUUUUGGAAAAUAUCUGACUACUACUUACCCAUCUCUUGAACAAGGAGGUGAGCUUGCACUUGUUGAUAACCUCCGUGCAGCUAUUUGUGAAAUCUUGACCGUCUAUGUUGAGAGGACCGAGGAGCCUUUCGAAAAAUAUGUGGGUGAUUUUGAGAGAGCUGUGCGGAGCCUCCUUGUCACUGUUUCCACAUCUUCAGGUCGUGAUCAUCUUGCUAUAACUGCUAUCAAGUUCUUAACAAUGGUCAGCACAAUGGCCCACCACUACAAGCUAUUUGAUGAUGCUUCUUUAGAUCAGAUAUGUCGAAGCAUUGUUAUCCCUAAUGUGAUGUUAGGGGAAGAAGAUGAAGAGCUUUUUGAGUUCAAUUAUGUUGAUUUUAUUAGACGUGAUAUGGAAGGCAGUGAUGUUGAUACUAGAAGACGAGCUGCUUGUGAACUUCUUAAAGGAAUUGCAACACACUACAGAGAGAAGGUUGGUCCCAUGGUAAACAAUGUCAUACAGACUAUGUUGGGCACAUGUGGUGAGAACCCAGCUUCAAACUGGAAAUAUAAGGACUCUGCUAUUUAUCUUGUUAUAUCACUUAGCUCUGUGAAAGCUACAGGCCCAAAUGUCUUGACGGGAUUUUUUGAUUUGCAAUCAUUCUUCACAUUAGUGGUUGUUCCAGAGUUGCAGAGUGAAGAUGUUAAUUCAUAUCCAUUGCUAAAAGCUGGUGCACUUAAGUCUAUUACAGUAUUCAGAGAUCAGCUUCCGAAGUCAAGUGUAAUGCCCUUGGUUCCUCAAGUUUUACGAUUACUUGGUGCUGAAUCAAAUGUGGUCCACUCUUAUGCUGCUAUUUUCUUUGACAAGAUCCUGUUGGUCAAAGAUGAGGGUGGUAGAGCUAGAUACGUCGCAACUGAUAUUGCACCCAUUCUCCCUGUCCUUUUGAACAACCUUUUUAGUGCUCUGAAGUUUCCUGAAUCUGGGGAAAACCCAUAUAUUAUGAAGUGCAUUAUGCGGGUUCUUAGUGUUGCCGAUGUUUCUAGUGAUAUUGCUGCUACUUGUAUGUCUGGCAUGGCUUCAAUUCUUAACGAAGUGUGUAGGAACCCUAAAAAUCCUAUAUUUAAUCACUAUCUAUUUGAGGCUGUUGCUGUGCUAAUAAGGCGGGUGUCUGACAGGGAUCCAUCUGUUAUACCAGUAUUUGAAACUAACCUUUUCCCUAGCCUUCAGACUAUAUUAACAAACAAUGUGAUUGAAUUUUUUCCAUACGCAUUCCAGCUCCUCGCACAGCUCGUUGAAUUAAACAGACCCCCCUUGCCAGCACACUACAUGCAGUUCUUUGAUCUGCUUUUGCUUCCUGAUCUGUGGACCAAGUCUGCUGAUGUCCCAGCUCUUGUGCGUCUGCUGCAGGCUUUCCUUCGGAUGGCCCCCAAUGAACUGAACCAAGGUGGAAAGCUUAUUGAGGUGCUUAAUAUAUACAGCAAGCUUCUUACUUCCCCCAGGACAGAUGAGCAAGCUUAUUUUGUGCUCAACACAGUUGUUGAGAACCUUGGUUACGAAGUGAUUGGUGAAUAUCUGCAGAAAAUUCUGGUUUCUUUGUUGACCCGUCUCCAAAGUAACCCGUCCCCAAAAUUUGUUCGGUGCCUUAUCAUAUUUAUGUCUCUAUUUAUAGUCAAACAUGGCUGGAGCAAUCUUGUUAGCACCAUAGACACAAUUCAGUCUGGUCUCUUUCUAACAAUCUUGGAGAUGUUUUGGGUACCAAAUCUCAAACAGAUCACUGGUGCCACUGAGACCAAGUUGACUGCAGUGGCUUCAACAAAACUCAUUUGUGAAUGUCCUUCCCUUGCAGAUCCUGUAGCUUCUAAAGUAUGGGGUAAAAUGUUAGAUAGCAUCGUUACUCUUGUGACUAGGCCAGAAGAAGAGAGAGUGGAGGAAGAAUCUGAAGUUCCCGAUUUUGCCGAAACUGGAAGCUAUUCUGCUACAUUUAUUCGUCUAUAUAAUGCUAAUAAAAAGGACGAGGAUCCUCUUAAGGACAUUAAGGAUCCAAAACAAUUUUUGUUUGCUUCCUUGUCAAAUUCGGGAUUUCUUGCUGGGAGAUUUGCACAAGUUAUUAGUGAACAUGUUGACCCUGCCAAUCAAUCUGCACUGUCGCAGCUAUGCAGAACUUAAAAUGCUGCUUAAUAUGAACAAGUAUUGUCCAUGUUAGUACAAGUCUAUUCUCAUAUGAAUACAUUUUGGGGUUCAGGUUGUGUCGAGUAUGGAUAUUCUUUUUGGGAGUGUUGAAGUGACUGCGAAUUAGCAAAUGUUUGAUGUAUCGGCUGAUGUCUUCUGUUUUAUUAUCCUCCAAUCACUUUGCUCAUAUACAUGCAUCAAUAUUUCGUAAUGUCUUGCAAAACAACGGCCAUGGUUUGUCGACAGGUGUUUUGUAUGAAUUGGUCGUUUAUUGGAUUUGGUCUAGUUUUAUGUGGAGGCAGAGAAAUGUAUGUUCCAGAAAUUUUUCAUCUGAAUUUAAUGAGCAUUCUGUUAAUAGAGUUCUCCUAA